AUGGAUGUGGAGAAUGUCUUUCUUCAUGGUGAUCUCCAGGAAGAGAUUUACAUGAAGCUUCCCUCUAGUAUGACUACUUCUUCUCCUCAUGAUGUCUAUCUUUCCCAACUCACGUACUUUUUAGGAUUAGCAGUUCAUCAUCGGGCCAAUGGUAUUUUCGUGAACCAACAUAAAUAUAUUCAAGAUCUUAUCACUUUGGUUGGUUUGGAGGACACUUCUUCUGUUGAUACUCCUAUGGAGGUAAAUGUCAAAUACAAGAAAGAUGAAGGGGACCUUCUAGAUGAUCCUACUCUCUAUCGGCGCUUGGUUGGGAGUCUUAUCUACUUGACCACUACGAGACCUGAUAUCUCCUAUGCUGUUCAUCAGGUCAGUCAGUUUAUGUCUUCUCCUCGGCAUCUCCAUCUUGUUGGAGUUCGAUGCAUCAUCCGCUAUCUUCGAGGUUCACCUACUCGUGGGUUGUUCUUUCCUACCGGCUCAUCUCUUCAACUUGUUGCCUAUAGUGAUGUUGAUUGGGCUAGGUGUCCAGAUACACGUCGAUCUACUACAGGUUGGUGUAUGUUUUUAAGUGAUAUCUUAAUUUCUUGGAGGUGUAAGAAACAAGAUCGUGUUUCUAAAUCCUCUACUGAGGUCGAGUAUCAUGCCAUGUCUACUGCUUGUUCUGAAAUUGUAUGGCUACGCGGUCUUCUUGAGGAGCUUGGGUUUCCUCAGACUACUUCUACCCCUUUUCAUGCUGAUAACACUAGUGCUAUUCAGAUUGCCACCAAUCCCGUUUUCCAUGAAUGCACCAAGCACAUUGAGGUUGAUUGUCAUUUAUUCGAGACACCUUGGAAAGUCGAGUGA